GAGCACCACCAAGAGAAAGGCGUUACACACAGUCAAAGCUGAAAGAGACCAGACUGUACUUACACCUUUUCACGCGACUCAAAGGCCUUACAACAAAUGUUGAAUUGCCGGGCCUGCGGCCGCACCGCACUGAAAUUAAAUCGCAUCUUCAGCAGGCACGUCACCACCCGCAUUGUCUUUUACACCGCCCCAUCCCACCAGCCGCGCCGCCGUGUCCCCGACGAAAUAACUUUGCGCGUGGUCACUGCACCGCACAUCAUCACCCGCCGCACACUCACAGGUCCAAUCCAAGUGCAAGCCGGACAUCCCCUCCUCCAGCACGGGCAACGGCUCAGCCGACAAGCCAUCCGCACCGCUCGCUGCAUCACUCGCCGCAUCACUCGCCUCCCUCCUCAUUUUCCUCGCGUCAGAGAAUGGCGUACAGAGGAUGGCGGCAAGUGCUUGGGCGGUCUUGUGCAGCGGCGAGUCACCCGCCCCAAGGUCCAGCAGGUGGCCCCAGUCCUGGUGCAGCGCUGGCAUGUCAUCUGCCGCCGAGUCGCUGCCGGCUUCGGCCGCUGCUCGGAGUAUGUCGUAGUGGUCGCGGAGGCUGCGCAGGAACUUCAAGGCCAGAGGAUCGACGUCGGAGCAGUAUUCGAGCACUUUGAUUGCCUUACUUGCUUCUACUAGCUCCGCGACACAUCCGGGUGUGUGUCCGUGGAGGAGCUUGAUCGCGACUACGAAGAGAAUGUCGAUGGUGGCUAUAUAUGAUUGGUAUCUGUGAGGCGUCAGUUUAAAAGGGGGGGGGGGCAAUGCUUCACAUGCACAUCCAACAGCGCUGGAAGACAGCUUCCUCGUCCAUCAGUAGGUCCAGCAUCCGAGAUGUCUGCAGAGCGGCCACAAAGCCAUCUUCGAAGGCGUCGGAAAGUUCUGUUAUACGUUCUUUGGCCAAUGUUAGGUUUGCUUCCGCCGUUUGUAUGUAAUGCUGGAGGAUCCGUCGCUGUAGCAUUAUCAUCGCUCCAAGGUGAAU